UGACGAUGGGACCCACGGAGACCAGGUCGUGCACGUGGAUACUCACGUGCCAGUGUGCAACAGGCAAUCCGCUUCCGUCUAAAUCGCAUGCGCGCAUGUGUACGAGAUUUUUAUUUUAUUUUAUUUAUUUAAAAUAGCAUCAACCUUCUCCUAUAAAUACCCAUCCAUCGUAAGUUGGUAGCAUACCAUUAAGCAACAGCAACCAUGGCCAUACACAAAUCUCUCCCCUUUGCUUUUCUGCUCAUUUUGUUAGCCUUUCUUUCUUUCCAAGCAAUAUCAUUUGCAACAGCAGCACCAUCAAUCACACUCUCAGAAGUAAAGGCUCUCAUGAAAUGGAAAGCCAGCCUCUCAGCAUCACAGGCUCUCCAUUCAUGGUCUCUUCCUUCUGCUAAUUCUACCACCAACAUAAUCUCUCCAUGCAACUGGACUGGGAUCUCAUGCAACAUCCUUGGAAGUGUAACAAGGAUAAGCCUCCCGAGUGUAGGUUUGGAAGACAUUGUAGAGGUGACAGAGGGUUUUGAUGAUAAAUACUGCAUUGGAACUGGAGGGUAUGGAAAAGUUUACAAAGCAAAUCUACCAGCAGGCCAGGUAGUAGCUGUGAAGAAACUUCAUCCACUCAAAGGGGAAAAUCAAUCUGAUCAAAGAAGUUUUAGAAAUGAGAUAAAAGCAUUAACAGAAAUCCGCCAUCGCAACAUUGUGAAACUUUAUGGCUUCUGUUCACAUACACAAUGCUCAUUUCUAAUCUACGAGUACAUGGAAAGGGGAAGCUUGGCAAGCAUCCUAAGCAACGAUGAAGGAGCUGCACAGUUGGACUGGACUUUGAGGGUGAAUGUUAUUAAAGGUGUGGCUCAUGCUUUAUCUUACAUGCAUCAUGAUUGUACCCUGCCGAUUGUUCAUCGAGACCUAUCAAGCAACAAUGUUCUGUUGAAUUCAGAACUUGAGGCUAAUGUUUCUGACUUUGGAACUGCACGAUUGCUGAUACCCGAUUCCUCAAAUUGGACUACACUCGCAGGCACUUGCGGAUACAUCGCUCCGGAGCUUGCAUAUACAAUGAGGGUGACUGAAAAAUGCGAUGUAUAUAGCUUUGGUGUUGUGGCACUUGAAGUGGUGAUGGGAAGUCAUCCUAGGGAGCUCAUCUCCUCUUUGUCAUCAUCAAGUAGACAAGAUACACUGCUAAAAGAUAUGUUGGACCAACGUCUCUCAGAUCCGAUGGCUGACGUUGCACAGGAAGUCUUAUUUGUAGUAUCCAUGGCUCUUGCAUGCAUUCGGCCAAACCCAGACUCUCGGCCAACCAUGCGACAUGUGGCUCAGGAGCUUUCUAUUAGAGGGCCUUCUUUCUCUCUACAGCCAUUCCAUGCAGUCACAUUACGUCAACUGAUGAAUCUGAAGGUAUAGUUGGGUGGAUGAAGUUUGUGGACAUGUGGCGGCAUGAACAUUAUUACUAUGUGUUUGUUGUAUGAAAAUCAUCUAGCAUGGAGAAGGUGUUUUUCUUGUUAUGAUAUGUACAUAAUUCAGUGUGUAGAAUCGAUGUUAAUAGAAAUAUAGUAUUUUAGUGUUGGUGAUCGAAAUCUAUAUGUAAUAAAGUAUUUGAAAGGAUAAAGAUGUUUUCUUGUGUGAUGUUUAUCUUCUAACUGAAGGGUUUCAAGCCAAAUCAAAAAUCUACCUUCAAGGAAUUAUAAUCAUUUUCCUUACAUAUACUAAUGUAUUAUGAAAAGUAAAAGAAUGAGUUUAUUUAUCUAAGAGAGAUGGUCUAAGUUUCUUUUUUAGAAGGCAGGGAAGAAAAGACUCUUUUAUUACCAAG